ACGUUCAAGUAUAUCCUGGUGCGCCUGCAGCGCCCGGGCGGCGAGGAGCAGCGGGACAUCGUCCGCGGCACCAAGGCGGCCGAGUUCCACAAUCACAUAUUUGAAAAAGUAAAUCCUGAGAUGGAAAAGCUGGGAUAUGAGUGCAAGUGCCUUGGAGGAGGGAAAAUUGAUCAUAAUAGCAAAGACAAGAAAAUUAGGGUAUUUGGGCUCUCUACAGGCUAUGGAAAAGCAGAUCAUUCAGUGACUGCAGAGAUACUGAAAAAAGUGUAUACAGAUUAUGAAAUUACAUGGUCAGAUGACAAGAAAUAA